AUGGAAAACGACAGAUUAGCCGGCGACUCAGACAAUCCUCUACCGCUUGGACGAUGCUACAACGGUGAAGUUCUGGUGCGGUGGAACAGUCGACAGAGUCUGAAAUCUACGGGUCGCAUACGCAGACGUCGGAGAUUCCGGAGUCAAGUGAAAGAUCGUCGACUGUACAACGGGAUCGUCGGUUCUGUCGCCCUCAUCCUUGCUUUAGUGGCAGUCUGUGUUCCAGUGUAUUACGCGGUUCUUAGGAGAUACUUGAGCGAAAUCGACUUCACACCGUUAGGCGAACGAAAGUUGAGAACUCCGUGGAAGAAAGCUUGUCCGAAAUCUUUUUUCGAGGAUUUUCGUCGUUACGAUUGCUACCCCGAUAAGAAAGGCGAAGUCUCGAAGCAGGACUGCCUGUCGAGGGGCUGCUGCUACAGAGAAGCGACAAACGCCAGGGUCCCAUCAUGUUUUCUACCAACCAACAAGGGUUAUCGACAUUUCUCUGGCCCUAAUCCCGUAUGCACAAGAGGGUACGAAUACAUCUUGGACAAAGACGAGUCCCCCCUGAGGUACGGGGAUGAGGCACCAUACGUCACGCUUCGUGUCGAACAUCAGACCACUGAUCGGUUGAGGAUCAAAAUUUCUGAUCCCAAGGACGAGCGCGCCGAAGUACCUUUCCCGUCGCUACCGAUUCAUCACGAGAAUUCGAACGCGUCAAUGGAGGCCUAUGCCGUAUCUUACAACAAGAUUUUCCCGUUCAGCGAUAAGCAAGAUAUCAUAAUUCGGAGAUCGGCGACCGGGACCACGGUUUUCGACACUUCGGCUGGGGCGCUGAUCUUCUCCGGGCAAUUCAUAGAAAUCACAACGCUCCUGCCCUCGCAUAAUGUAUACGGCAUAGGAGAACACAUGAAGCCUGGCAUCAAAAUGGAUCUCAAUUACAAAACCUAUCCCCUCUUCAACGCGGAGACUUAUCCUCCAAACGGGAUGCAGGGCAACAGGCAUGGAUCUCACCCUUUCUACGUAGUCAUUGAGAACGAUGGAAACGCACACGGAGUUUUGCUGAUGAACAGCAGUCCUAUGGAGAUCCACGCGCAACCCGCUCCCUCUUUGACCUUCCGGGUCAUCGGAGGUGUCCUCGAUCUCUACAUCUUCAUGGGACCUGCGCCGGAAGAUGUUCUUCGACAGUACCACUCCUUCAUCGGGAGACCCUUCAUGCCUCCGUAUUGGGCUCUCGGUUAUCACCUCGGAAGGUGGGGCUUCAAGAACGACUACUACGUGCAGACUCAGCAGGAAGCAAUGAGGAAGCAGUCGAUCCCCCAGGAUGGGCUUUCGCUUGAUCUCGAUAUCCGCGGGCAGCAUGAAAGCUUUAAUUUAGAUACAAAUGGUACUUACAAGGAAUUACCGGCCAUAGUUGAAUAUCAUCGGAAGAGAGAUUAUCGAGUCCUCUUGACUAUGGAACCAGCUCUAUCAGUCCAGCAUUCUUCAUUUAUGAAUGCUUUCAAACGCAAAAUCCUCGUGCGCAAUUCAUUCGAGGGAACUGUCAAAGGACUGUCUUGGGCGGGCGAAGUGGGAUAUCCCGACUUCUUGAAUGAGGCUUCAUGGAAGUGGCUGGCAGACGAAGUUGCAGUUUAUAGAAUGAAGCUGACGUUCGAUGGGAUUUUUCUGACUAACAAUGAGCCUGUGGACUUCACGAAUAAGUCUUUCGUGGAAACUGAAUGCAUCAACGACAACCUGAACUUCCCUCAUUACAAACCCGCGACGAGAGGCAGUUUCCUUUUCGACGGAACCUUGUGCAUGGAUUCGAAUCACAUAUUCAAAGGACAUUCCAUGAAACACUAUAACGUCCACAAUGUUUACGGGCAUUUCAGCGCCAUCGCAUUCUACAAUGCCAUGAAAUCCAUUCUCAACGGCACGAGACCACUGAUAGUGUCACGGAGUACGUUUCUCGGAACCGGGCGGUACGCGGGGCAUUGGUUCGAUGAGCUCGAUAGUUCCUCCUGGAGGGACAUGCGGUGGACGCUGCGAGCCGCUCUCGAGAUGAACAUGUUCGGCAUCCCCUUGGUUGGAGGAGACGUUUGCGGCCAUUUCGAAGAUUCUCCCCAAGAGCUGUGCUACCGAUGGACUCAACUCGGGGCUAUGCUGCCCCUGAUGCGGAAUCACAACGCAGACGAGGCUGCAUCUCAGGAUCCGCCGGCAUACGGAACGGAUUUCUCGAGAGCAGUCCGAGAGAUCAUCCGCCUCCGAUACCAAUUGAUUCCUUUCCUGUACACUCUGUUCUACAAAAGUCACGCAGUCGGCGGCAGCGUUAUCCGCCCAUUGUCAUUCAACUUUCCAAACGACCGGAAUUCCAUAAAAUCUGAAGAGCAAUUGAUGUGGGGUGACGCUCUCAUGUUCAGUCCCGCACUCUAUCUGUAUCAGGUAUCAAAAGAAGUCUAUCUGCCGCCUGGGAUAUGGUAUGAUUUCUUCAGUGGAGAGCGAGUUUCGACGAGCGGUUCCUUCAUUCAAAUCCCAGUCCCUCUAUACUCAGUCGAGAAACCUCUAGUCGCCCACGUUCGCGGAGGUAGAGUGAUCCCGCUUCAGAACCCGGCCCUGAACACUCAUUCGAGCCGGAAGAACCCCUUGUCGCUGAUCGUUGCGUACGAUGACACCUUUGGGUCAGAAGGGCAGCUCUAUUGGGACGACGGCGAAACCCUAGACUCAUUCGAGCGUGGUGACUACAUAGUGAUGAACAUCGUUGCCAACAAGACUGCACUCUCUUUGACGGUGAUGUCCGGGAAAUGCCAUCUCUACGCUCCCUUCUAUAAUCUGGUCAUACACAAAAUCCGCCUCCUCGGCAUGUACAAGAAGCCAUCCCGGGUUCUCAUCGACGGAAAGUACGCCCUUUUCCCGUCACAGAUACAUUGGAUGUAUCGACAGAACAUCAUGGAAUUAAGUCGUCUCUUGGUGCCGCUCUCUAGGAACAGCAGCAUAGUAUGGGAUUUCGACUGA